AUGUCACGCUCCCGGGGCCUUGCCAUCCUCCAGAAGACAUACGACGACAGCUACUUGAAAUGCUCCACUGCUGUUUACUAUGAAAGCCAGGGUGACGAGACCGAGGCGAUGCGAUGCUGGAGGAAUGCCCUAGAUCAGCUCAACGACCAACGCAUCACCAAGCUGCUACCCAAUUACGUUGCUGGAACCGAAACAGAAGACGCCUUGAUAGAUUCUCUGCGCAAACUCGAACUGCAGUGCAAGGAGCGCAUUGACCUGCUCGAAGCGUUACGAAUAUCCCGACAAGACGCCUUGACUCCUCAACCCACCAACUCACCCGCCCCGAACCGCUCCAUCUCCCCCGACCCAUACACCAUGUCCACUCCAGAAAGAGGCUACAUUGGCCAAGGGACAAUUCCAGCGAUAAGAUACCCCGAUCUCUCACGGCCCGCCUUGCCAAAAAGACCUUCGUUGCCCUACAGAACAUCAUCUGAGCAGGCUGUAGUCGGUCGCGACCAAAGCCCCGUAGCUUCUCCCUUUGCCGGCCCAUCGAACUCACCCCGAGUAACGCCUAGGAAAGAACCGACCAUGAGGUCUCCAAGUCCUGAGAAAUACACAAUGCGGACGACGUUGCGAACCGGAAAGCCAGGCGAUAAGUCUGCAAAGUCAAGUCGCAAAUUGUCCAAGACCGAAGGACCUGGUGCCAGCAAGGCUGCAACUCUUGCAUGGACUGCUCUGGGUUCUAGAGAAAGACUAGCCAGAGCGUCUCCGGCGGUACCUGAAGUCUCAUCAUCUGCGCCUGCAACACCUGCCGAGCAGUCCCGCAAACCGCCGUCCUCAUCUGGCAUGCAAUGGGACGUACAUACCCGACGGCUCGUGACGCCUAGAGAAGCCCAUACGCCUCUCUCAGAUGCGGUUGGUAGCGCAAGAACCUCUGAGGACUCAUCGCAAGUGCGGCCUUCAGCCUUGUCCGUAAGUGCGGCAUCUAGUGCUCUGAAUGCCAUGUCGUACCAAGAUGCUCCAACGGCCGAAUACAGCACCCCAAGACAAGAACGGACCCCGCGUUCGAGAGACCAAACGUCCUCAAUUUCGCGAUCCAAAGUAUCGCCUCACGAACGGCCGCCAUCCUCUGACGCUGACGAGUCAGAGUUACGACGCAAGACUACGCCAGACGUGGCCAGAAUCCGGAGGAAGCCAGUCGGAGACGUACCUACUCGACCCAAUAAUAAUCUUACGAGCGGAUCAGAACAAGACAAAGCCGAACAAACUCGUCGCAACGCGCAACCGUCACGGGGCCGUUCGUCUUCCAGUUGCUCGGACAGCAUAAAGAAUACCAAGGUACCGGACAAGAAGAGAAAGGGAAAGAGGAAAGAAAACGCAAUCGCAGCUGAUGCUGAAGCGCCUUCCUCCGAAGCAUCUGCCAACGAUGAAAAUGGGGACUCUUCGCUCAAAACGGCUUGGAAGGCAACAAAGAAGAAGAUUAUGAAAAACUUGCCAACCGGCGUAGACGAGGCAGCCGCAAAGCAGAUUCUCAACGAAAUUAUUGUUCAGGGCGAUGAGGUCCGAUGGAGCGAUGUUGCCGGCCUGGAAGUAGCCAAGAACGCACUCAGGGAGAACGUGGUUUACCCAUUCUUACGACCGGACCUAUUCAUGGGACUUCGGGAGCCUGCAAGAGGAAUGCUACUUUUUGGUCCGCCAGGCACGGGCAAGACCAUGCUGGCGCGUGCUGUGGCAACAGAGUCGCGAUCAACGUUCUUCUCAAUAUCAGCAAGCAGCUUGACGAGUAAAUACUUGGGCGAAUCAGAGAAGCUCGUCCGAGCAUUGUUCUCUCUGGCAAAAACUCUGGCGCCGAGCAUCAUCUUUGUCGACGAAAUUGACUCCUUACUUUCUCAGAGAUCUGGGUCGGGAGAGCACGAGGCGACAAGGAGGAUCAAGACCGAGUUUCUAAUACAAUGGAGCGAUUUACAGCGAGCUGCGGCGGGUCGAGCCGUCGACGAAAAGGACAAGAGCAGAGGAGAUGCGAACAGAGUGCUCGUUUUGGCAGCAACCAAUCUGCCUUGGGCCAUUGAUGAAGCCGCACGCCGCAGGUUUGUGAGGCGGCAAUACAUUCCGCUGCCCGAGUCCGAGACUCGCUCUACCCAGUUCCGAACACUCCUGGGGCAGCAGAAGCAUGUCCUGUCUGAUACGGACAUUGAGAAACUCGUUUUCCUUACAGAUGGAUUCUCGGGCUCCGAUAUAACGGCAUUGGCUAAAGAUGCGGCCAUGGGUCCGCUCCGCUCUUUGGGCGAGGCUCUCUUGCACAUGACCAUGGACGAAAUUCGGCCAAUUUCAUUGGCAGAUUUUGAGGCAAGUCUGACUACUAUUCGACCGAGUGUAAGCAAGACUGGGUUGAAAGAAUACGAGGAUUGGGCCAGAGAGUUUGGCGAGCGAGGAGGAUGA